AUGGACGAAACCCCAAGAUCGCUUGAAGGUCCGACUGAGCAGGAAAUCGCCGUGGAUUUUCCAGACGGCGGAUGGCGAGCAUGGAGCGUGGUGCUGGGGUCGUGGUGCGCAAUGGUUCCCUCGUUCGGUCUUUUGAAUACAAUGGGUGUCCUAGAAGCUUGGCUGGCAAAUGACCAGUUGAAGGAAUACUCCAAAGCUUCCAUCGGUUGGAUAUUUGGUCUGUAUUCCUUCUUCCUUUACUUUGGAAGCGUGCAAGUUGGGCCGGUUUUUGAUGCGUACGGCCUCAGACCCUUGCUUAUUCCAGGAUGUAUCGGACUUGUCGGUUCUCUCAUGGCUUUUAGUGUAGCCAGAGAAUAUUAUCAGUUCAUGCUCGGUUUCAGCGUCCUCGGUGGAAUUUCCUCAUCUAUGGUCUUUACCCCCAGUGUUGCCUGCAUCGCGCAUUGGUUCCAUCGACGCCGUGCCUUGGCGACAGGAAUCGCAGCCACUGCGGGUGGUUUCGGUGGUAUUAUUUUUCCUAUCAUGAUAUGGAACCUCACCGAAGUUGUCGGUUUUGCAUGGGCCAUAAGAAUAACUGGUUUCAUAUGCACCUUGUUUUGCAUUCUAUGCAUCCUACUCCUGAAGACCAGGUUGCCACCUAAAAAGCUAGGCGGAGGCAAGAUUGACAUUAGAGCCCUGCGCGAAACCCCGUUCUCCCUCCUCACAGUCGCCAUUUUCCUAAUCGACUUCGCCCUAUUAAUUCCCCUGACCUACCUGACUUCUUAUGCUGAAUCACACGGUAUGGAAGAGAGCUUGGCAUACCAAUUAGUAUCAAUUCUCAACGCCGCUUCGAUCCUCGGACGCGUUGUCCCGGGUUACUUUGCAGACCGCUACGGUCGGUUCAAUGUCAUGAUCGUCACAACGCUUGUGUGUACUGUCUUCACACUCGCACUGUGGUUACCGGCCGGGUCCAAUACCGCAGCAGUCAUGGCAUACGCUGUACUCUUUGGGUUCUGGAGCGGUUCCGCUAUAAGUCUUGCCCCCGUUUGUGUUGCGCAGAUCUCGUCCACGGAGGAUUUUGGAAAGCGAUACGGAACGACGUAUUCGUUGGUUAGUGUUGGUGCUCUGUUUGCUAUACCUGUGGCAGGGGAGAUAAUGAAAGCUCAGAGUUCAGGCGGAGAGAAAGAGGAUUAUUCGGGGCUUAUACUCUUUUGCGGUUUGGUGUAUGCUUGUGCUUGUUUGUUUUUUGCAUUGGCGAGGGGGGUUAGUACAGGGUGGAGGCUGAAGACUAUGUUUUAG